GUCACAUUACACGGUUGUUUACAUUCAUAAAUUGACCGAAAAACUCUAUAAAUUUAUAUUUGCUUGCAUUUAAAAAGGUUUCAGAUUAAAACUCAAGAAUGGCUGCCUCGCGCUCCCGGCGCAACAAUGCCGGCAACAAAAUAGCCCAUUUACUAAACGAAGAGGAGGAAGACGACUUUUACAAAACGUCAUAUGGCGGAUUUCAGGACGAAGAAGAGGACAACGAAUAUGAACAAAAAGACGAAGAGGAGGAUGUGGUGGACUCCGACUUCAGUAUCGACGAGCAGGAUGAGCUUGUGUCGGAUCAGGAAGAGGCGCCCGAAAAGAAGCGGAAACGCGGAGGCGUCAACACAAAGGCAUACAAGGAAACCAAGCCGGCGACCAAGAAGGAAACCAAGGCCGUACCCGCCUUGCACAAAAAACGAGGCGGUGGUGGGGUUACGAAGCGUCGGGUCAGGCCCCGAUUCACGGUUCUUGACUCCGGCCGCAAAUCCAUACGCACUUCCACGGCCAUCAAGACACAGGCUACCAAAAUCCGACUCAAGGAGAUGGACGAUGCCCGCAAGCGCAAGAAGAAGAAGGUGCGUGUGGAGGACUAUAUGCCCACUCAGGAGGAGCUGCUGGAGGAGGCCAAAAUAACGGAAGAGGAGAACAUUAAAUCUCUGGAAAAGUUUCAGAAAAUGGAGCUGGAAAAGAAGAAAUCGCGACCCACCAAGCGCACGUUUACAGGGCCCACGAUACGAUAUCAUUCACUGACCAUGCCCGCUAUGCGAAAGCCCACUCGAGGAGCCAAUCUUCUUGUCGAUUCAAAGGAUACCGCCGGAAAGUGUGAGCGGACAUUCGUCACAGUAGAGAACGAUUUCAAUGACAAGGUGUUCCAGAACAUCUUCCGCCACAAGCCGGCGCCCAAAGUCAGCAAUGGCAUCUGUCCGAUCACCAGACUGCCAGCCCGUUACUUCGAUCCGGUCACCCAGCAGCCGUACUACAGUAUCCAGGCCUUCAAGAUCCUGCGCGAGGCCUACUACAUGCAGCUGGAGCAGCAGGGCGGCAGCAGUGACCAGCCCGAGUUGGCCAAGUGGCUGGAAUGGCGCAAACUGGUCAAGGAGAAUCGCCUCAAGGUUUCAGCAGCUGCCAGCAAAAACGGGGACCAGAACUAAAAGUGGUACCAAUUUAAUAGUUUAUAAAGUUAUAUAUAUAUACCGAAUAAAAAAUGGAAGCACAAGGAAAACACAA